AAAAUACUGUAUGUCCAGCUUCUGUCCUCGGCACGCAUCAUAUUCACGUGCUGACUCAACCUCCCUGAAAUAUGACCCGUGCAUCGCCUGCCUCCUUUCUUUAGCAUGGCUGCAACAGAAAACCCUCCUCUGUAUCUAUGGGAAUUCAGGAGUGCUGUGUGUCCUCUACCCUUCCUCCAGCUCACCACCUCCCUCUGCAUUUAUGGGGAGCGCUGGUUUGGUCCUCCCUUACCUCACCCCCUCUCUCUCUCUUUCUCUCUUAGACACACUUUCUGCCUGACACACACUCUCAGGACUCCCCUGUGAGCACGCCAGGCAGGUAAACUCAACACUGGAUCAGAGGGAGAUGCUGAGAGGAAGGAAGAAGUGAGGGAGAGAGAGGGUGUGUGUGUGUGUGUGUGUGUUUAUGAAUUGUGUGUGUGCUGCUGCAUCGCUGAGCUACAGAGACCGGAGGCGAGGAGAGCUGGAGUUUGUCCUUGAGACUGACUGACUGCAGCUGUAGAGAGGAGGACUGACCAGCCAGCUGUAGUGGAUGAAACUGACAGCUUCCAGGCAGGAUGUCAGUGAGGGGCGUGGACCCCACCUGUCCCUCCUCUAUAAAGCGGGAACCUUCCAGCCCCAGCCCCAGCUCCCAGGGCGACGUCAGCCCGGCCCAGCCCAGUCCAGGAAGCUCUUCGUCAGACACAAACUCCAGCUACGGUCCUCUCACCAAAGGCCUCAACCCGAACCCUGGGCUGGACUCGCCAGGCCUUUACGGCCACACGGCAGGCUUGACCAGCAAUGAAGGAACAAACAGGAGGUUUGGGGAGGACGAGGGCCAAGUGAAGUGUGAGUUCAUGCUGGGCUCGGUGGCAAAGCGGCUGUGUCUGGUGUGUGGCGACGUGGCCUCGGGCUACCACUACGGCGUGGCCUCUUGUGAGGCUUGCAAAGCCUUUUUCAAGAGGACCAUCCAGG